UUUCAGUACCAAAAGCGGUAACCCCCCCAAGCUACACUCGGGCUUACCAUGCGGCGUUGCUCAGGGAGUCCCUGCAGCGCUUACCUUGUCCUUCGCUCCUGCGAUGUGUCCCCUGCAGCGUCCCCGGCCAUCUCCUCCGGCCGAUGCAUCUGGCUUCCGUGUUCCGGUCCCUGCAAGCGUCGGGACGUACGGGGGCCGGAACGGCGGCAAAUUUAAACAUUUUUAGAAACUGUCAUUUUCUUUGACAUUUUGUCCCUAGUGCUUUGUCCUGUGCCCUGUCUGCAUGUUGACUGUUCUUUCUG